GUUUUUGAUUUUUAUACCUUUUUUCCCACUUAUAGGUUCUGGAACUGCAGAAGAGGCUGGACUCCGCUAGGAUAACAAUUCGACAAUUACCUGGAAUCGACUAUAGCAAGGAGGAGCAACUGAGAAGACUUGAGAGUCUUCGAAAGCAACUAGCGUUGAAACAACAAUUGAUUAAAAAAUACAAGAACGUUCAAUUUUAAUCAUGCUUCGCGUUAUUCUGCGAUAUUUGGCUAAUAAUGAGCAGCUUAUACAACGGCUCGCUGAGAGUUAUCCUAUGCGCAGAGCUGCUCAAUUACUAGUAAGUGCUUAUUAUAGAGGUCGGGCAAUUGCCCAGGACCAGAAAAUAGGAGAGAUGACUCCGGAAAAAUUUAAACGAAUGAUGAAUACAUUUAAAACAAAUGUCCAGCAGGAAAUUAAAGCAGCAAAGGAGGAUUUGAAAAAAACGUCAAUGAUAAAUAUAGCAACCUAGUAAUAUACUCACAUAAAA